AUGGUAUUUUGUUUCUGUUGUAAAGUGUUUAGAAAAGGGAUUUCAAAAGGUAAAUUGGAUGGUGAAGGUUAUGCAGAUUGGCACCGUGUUACCACUAGGGUUAAAGAACACGAAAUUUCAUUGGAUCAUCUUACAAAUAGGAAUAAGUGGUUUGAUAUGCGUAAAAUAUUGAACUUUAAUGAAACAACUGAUAAAGUGCAAUACGAGAAAUUCAAGAAAGAAAGAGAUUACUGGAAACAAGCCCUUUUGAGAAUCAUUGCAGUAGUGAAGUUUCUUGAUAAACAUAAUUUAGCAUUUCGUGGAUCCAAUGAAAAGUUGUAUCAAAAAGGUAACGGAAAUUUUUUGGGUGUCAUUGAAAUGUUGGAAGAGUUUGACCCAGUUAUCAAAGAGCCUACACAUCGGAUGACAAGUGAUAGGCUUCUUGUGCAUUAUCUUGGCCACUUAAUCCAAAGCGAACUAAUAUCUUUGCUAGCUCAAGAAAUUAAAAAAGAACUUAUCAAGAAGAUAAAGGAAACAAAUCGGUUUGAGAGUGUAAAGGCUAUUAAACUUCAACUUGUGGAUGUACGGGAAGAUUUACUUCUAGUUGGAGAAAAAGAUAAUGAUGUUGCAAUUAAGUUAAAAUCAAAGGAUAUGCAUCUUGAUUAUGCUAUUAGAGAAAUAAACAAAUUGACUGGGUACUUUAAGGAUUAUAGAGAAAGUGUUUUUUCUAAACUGAUUGUUGAAGCUAAAGACAUUGCUAUUGAAAUGGGUAUUGAUCUAAUAUUCCCACAAAAGCGUUUGAUUGAAAGGAAAAUAAGGUUUGAUGAGAGUUCAACUAGCGAAGAAGUUUCAUUUACACCUGAAGAGAAUUUUAGAGUCAAUUAUUUCUUAUUCAUUGUUGAUCAAGCUAUUUCUUCUCUUGAGACAAUAUUUGAACAAUUCAAAGAGUGUGACAAAGUAUUUGGUUUUUUAUUUUUACAUAAUUUGAGGGGAAUUGAAGAUAAAGAUCUUAAGUCGAAUUGUCAUCGUCUUGAAAAAACACUCAAGUUUGAAGAAAGAUCGGAUAUUAAUGUUGAGGAACUUAAUAUAGAGUUGAAAUUAUUUGAGAUAUUUGAAAUAGACGUGGCAAUGGGUCAACCUGGGUUGGGUUUGGGUUCAACCCAUUUAAUAACUGGGUUGAAAAUUUCAACCUAA